AUGGCAAUCCAAACUCGCUUUCUAAGAAAAAUCGCCUUGAUAUUAUUCGCGGCUUUUUUAGUCGCAGGAGCUUUGGACUGGUUCCUCGCCGUUCGCUGGUUUAAUUCGAAACCAGCGGCUAGGUUACAGUUUGGUCAGUCAGGCAUAGCACAGUUCGUAGAAAUGAAGUAUGCAACUUUAAGAAAUCCUGCUACUUCAAGUCAAAAUUUGGUGAAAGAGGUGACAACCAGGAAGAAAUCACAAAAACAUAAAACAUCUCUUAUCACGACAAGAAAGUGCGAACAGCAUUACUUCCUUGUCAUUUUGACUUGUUCUGCGCCUGCAAAUGCACAAAGAAGAAGAGAUAUCCGCCACACUUGGGGCCUUGAUAGUGCCUUAAAGCCUCGAUGGAAGACUGUUUUUCUCGUUGCUCAAACGCAUAACCCGAGCGAGUCUGAUUCAUUACUGAAAGAAGAUGAAGCUUUCGGGGAUCUUAUACGCGCUAGCUUCUUGGAUCAUUAUUGGAAACUUACUCCAAAGAUUCAAGUGGGCUAUGAAUGGGCAACCAGAUACUGCAAGUUCUCGUUUCUUUUAAAAAUAGACGAUGAUGUUUUUGUAGAAACCUGGGGACUGAUAUCUCUUUUAAACGAUACAGGUACAUCUCAAAGAAAGCUGUACAUGGGAAGAUUAUACAGAAAGCCUCCUGUCAUUAGAAGUGGCAAAUGGCGGGUAACGCUUGAAGAAUAUAACCGAACAAACUAUCCUGAUUUCUGCCCUGGGUUUGGAUAUGUUUUGUCCGCUGAUGUCGUCCAUCUUUUUGUGGAAUUAUUUGAUGUUGUACCAACGUUCAGAAUGGACGAUGUUUACGUAGGAAUGCUAGCAGACAGAGCUGAUGUUAAGGUUGUCAAUAACGAUGGUUUUAUAGUCGGUCCACCGCGUGUAACCGAUUGUGUUCUUCAAAAUGAUACUCUAGUGUGGCAUGGCAUUUUUGGAGAAUGCUUAUUUCAAGUUUACAACCAAAACCUUGAGCAAAAAUCGUUAAUUACGUAG